UCCACUUUCCCAAGCCCACCAUAAAACAGCAUCAGUUCUCUCCGAUCUCCGCCUCCCACCUCCCCCGCCCGCCAUGGAUCCGGCGCCGCAGUCCCACCCCAUCCUCUCCUACGUGCUCUCCCGCCUCCCCACCCUCUCCAAGCCCAGGCCCACCGCCGGGGCCGACUUCGACAUCGAGCAGCCGCCGGUCCACACGCCGUCCCCGCGCUCGCCCUCCGUCGGCGAGUUCGAGCUCGUCGAGCGGAUGCCGGGCCUCCGCCACGCCUCCGUGCUCCACGCCAUGACCCGCGCCGUCGCCGACGUCUCCGCCGCCCGCUCCGCGCUCCAGGAGCUGGGCCCGCGCCCCGACCACGAGCUCGUCGACUCCUCCCGCGCCGUCGUCGCCGCCGCCGCCGCCGGCGACGUCGCCCCGCGGGUCACCGAGGAGGACCUCGAGGCGUGCCGCACCGUGGUGCGGCUCGAGGAGGCCCACGAAACCUACGAGGCGCUGCUGCAUGAGGCCGAGGGGAGGCUCGAGAAGGUCUACCGGUCGGCGAUGGAGGGCAGGGACCUGGAGGAGGCCGAGGGGAAGGAUGAAUCGGCGGCGGGCGAUGAGGGUGUGGCUGUGCAGGAGGAAGUCGUCGCCGUGCUGAAGCAGGCCCAGGAGGGCAAGCCGGUGGAGAGCGUGCUCCUCGUGGAUCGGCAGCUGCGCUACCUGCCCGAGGCGUUCGGAAGGAUCCUGGGACUCCGCGUGCUUGACGUAUCACACAACCAGCUACAGGUUAUUCCAGAUGCUAUAGGAGGGCUUGAACAUCUUGAAGAGCUCCGUCUUGCUUCUAAUGCCUUGGUUUCUCUUCCUGAUACUGUUGGAUUUCUGUCCAAUCUGAAGAUUCUGAAUGUGUCGACUAACAAGCUGAGAACACUGCCAGACAGCAUCUCAAAGUGCAGGUCGCUAGUUGAGCUUGAUGCAAGCUACAACGGGCUCACAUAUCUGCCAACAAAUAUUGGCUAUGAACUGAUUAAUCUGCGAAAGCUCUGGGUCCACAUGAACAAGCUGCGAUCUCUUCCAUCAUCCAUCUGUGAGAUGCAAUCACUAUACCUCCUGGAUGCUCAUUUCAAUGAACUCUGCGGUCUGCCAUCUGCCAUAGGGAAGCUUUCCAGCCUUGAAAUCCUCGACCUGAGCAGCAACUUCAGCGACAUGAAGGAGCUCCCUUUCUCAUUCGGUGACCUGCUGAACCUGCGCGAGGUUGACCUCAGCAACAACCAGAUCCAUGCUCUUCCCGACAGUUUUGGCCGGCUUGACAAGCUGGAGAAGCUCAACCUGGAGCAGAACCCUCUGUCCAUGCCACCAGCGGAGGUCGUGAAGGAAGGUGUAGACGCUGUGAAAGAGUACAUGUCAAAGAGGUGGCUUGAUGCGUUGCUCGAGGAAGAACAGAGGAGCAUGGCGGCAGCAGCAGCAGAGAGCCCGCAGGCGUUGACUCCCAAAGCUUGGCUGGCGCGCAGUGUCUCGUGGGUCUCGGACGUUGGGGGGAGCCUUGUGGGCUAUGUCAGUGGUGGCCAGACCAAGUCGGAGAAAGACUCGAUCCUCGACCAGCAGUUCUGAAACCUCAGUUUCAGAGGCGAUCGAGUAUCGUGUAUGUAUAUACCAAGUUUACGGAACUCUCGACCUGGGAAUCACUUUGUGUUCCUGUUGACUCGGAGAGAUGCACAACCUUACAAGCCCCUGCCCUCCGAGGCAGGCUUUGGCGUUUAUUUUCCCAUUUUAACUCCAUUUGAGGGUCAUUUCCAUCGAAGGCCCCCGGUUGUGUUACUGUCCAAUAAUAAUAGGGCUGAAACUCGGUAUACUUGCUUUACAUUUUGACUGUUUGCAACGGAAAUUAUGCACUUUGUUUGCUGAAGCUACAUUUAUUACUGCAAA